AACCACUCAUUCUUUCGAACACUAUUUUCUCUUUUACUCUUUCUUUUUUCACUCUCUCUUCUAAGGGUUCGUGUGUUUGAGAUUUACGCCGGAAAAUCAUGGCCGGAAAAGGAGAGGGACCGGCGAUCGGAAUCGAUCUUGGAACCACCUACUCCUGCGUCGGAGUGUGGCAGCAUGAUCGCGUUGAGAUCAUCGCCAACGAUCAGGGUAACCGUACGACGCCGUCUUACGUUGCAUUCACUGACACCGAGAGGCUCAUCGGAGAUGCCGCCAAGAACCAGGUCGCCAUGAAUCCCAUCAACACCGUUUUUGAUGCAAAGAGGUUAAUUGGAAGGAGAGUUAGCGAUGCCUCAGUUCAGAGUGACAUGAAAUUGUGGCCAUUCAAGGUGGUUGCCGGUGCUGGUGACAAGCCCAUGAUUUGUGUCAACUACAAGGGUGAGGAGAAGCAAUUUGCGGCCGAAGAGAUCUCAUCUAUGGUCCUAACCAAGAUGAGGGAGAUUGCUGAGGCUUACCUUGGAUCAACUGUGAAGAAUGCCGUUGUUACAGUCCCUGCAUACUUCAAUGACUCUCAGCGUCAGGCUACCAAGGAUGCCGGAGUUAUUGCCGGUCUCAAUGUGAUGCGUAUCAUCAAUGAACCCACUGCUGCCGCAAUUGCCUAUGGUCUUGACAAGAAGGCUUCCAGCGUGGGGGAGAAGAACAUCUUGAUCUUUGAUCUUGGUGGUGGUACCUUUGAUGUCUCUCUUCUCACCAUUGAGGAGGGUAUCUUCGAAGUGAAGGCCACUGCCGGAGACACUCACCUUGGAGGAGAAGACUUUGAUAACAGGAUGGUGAACCAUUUUGUACAAGAGUUUAAGAGGAAAAACAAGAAGGACAUUAGUGGAAACCCCAGAGCACUUAGGAGGUUGAGGACAGCAUGUGAGAGGGCGAAGAGAACCCUCUCAUCCACUGCUCAGACCACCAUUGAGAUCGAUUCUCUCUUUGAGGGUAUUGAUUUUUACUCAACAAUCACCCGUGCUAGGUUCGAGGAGCUCAACAUGGACCUCUUCAGAAAGUGUAUGGAGCCAGUGGAGAAGUGUCUCAGGGAUGCGAAGAUGGACAAGAGCACUGUCCAUGAUGUUGUACUUGUCGGUGGCUCUACUAGGAUUCCCAAGGUUCAGCAGCUAUUACAGGACUUUUUCAAUGGGAAGGACCUGUGCAAGAGCAUAAACCCUGAUGAAGCCGUUGCUUACGGUGCCGCUGUCCAGGCAGCCAUUUUGAGUGGUGAAGGCAAUGAGAAAGUUCAAGAUUUGUUGCUUUUGGAUGUCACCCCACUGUCUCUAGGUUUGGAAACUGCCGGAGGUGUCAUGACUGUGUUGAUUCCUAGGAACACUACCAUUCCCACCAAGAAGGAGCAAGUGUUCUCUACAUAUUCGGAUAACCAACCUGGUGUCUUGAUUCAAGUUUAUGAGGGUGAGAGAACAAGGACAAGGGACAACAACUUGCUUGGUAAGUUUGAGCUUUCAGGCAUUCCUCCGGCACCUCGUGGUGUUCCCCAGAUCACUGUUUGCUUUGAUAUUGAUGCCAAUGGUAUUUUGAAUGUCUCUGCCGAGGACAAAACCACUGGGCAGAAGAACAAGAUCACCAUCACCAAUGACAAAGGAAGGUUGUCUAAAGAAGAAAUCGAGAAGAUGGUUCAAGAAGCAGAGAAAUACAAGUCGGAAGAUGAGGAGCACAAGAAGAAGGUUGAGGCAAAGAACACCUUGGAAAAUUAUGCAUACAACAUGAGGAACACAAUAAAGGAUGAUAAGAUCAGCUCAAAGCUUUCCCCGGCUGACAAGACAAAGAUUGAUGAUGCAAUUGAACAGGCCAUUCAAUGGCUUGAUGCUAACCAGCUUGCAGAAGCUGAUGAAUUUGAAGACAAGAUGAAGGAGCUUGAGAGCAUAUGCAAUCCCAUCAUAGCCAAGAUGUACCAAGGUGGUGCCGGUGGUGAGGUGGACGAUGAUGCUCCUCCUGCUGGUGGAAGCGGUGCUGGUCCCAAGAUUGAGGAGGUCGACUAAGUGUUCUAUUUGCCUUUGGGUUUUAAUUGCUGGGGGUAUUUUUAGUGUUAGGUUUAUGCAUUCGAAUUAUGUUACUGUCUUUUAUUUUGUUGGGAAAUUCAGAACUUACCGAUUCAUCACUCUUUUUGAUUGAGUGAUAUAUUUUUUGUAACGAAGAAAUCCCCUGCAUGAUUACAUUUUGCAGUAUUCUAAUAUCAACUCUUUCUGGUUA